AAGACUAGUACUGAAGGUGACUAAAAAAAACUGUGUUGAUAGUGUUAUUUGAUGCUUCCUGCGGCCAUGCCGUGAUAGCCCCGCAAUAUAUAUAAGUACUAAGGACUACAACUAGAGUCCAAGCAGUCAUCCACUUCUCCCGCGAGGCAUGUCUACAGCCGGCAGACAAAUCCACAGUGGCAGGAGUCGCAAAAAGAUCCUGCAGCGCCUCUACCGUUCGACCGAGGCGGACGACUUCUCGCAGCUGCGACAGAUCAUAAAAGAAUUAACGCAAGAGAAUCCGCACACACGCCACGAUAUUCUGAUGAAAGCUGCUGAGAUUAUCAGGCAGCUUGACAGAGAGUACCGUUAUCUUCUCACACGAGAACAGACAGUUUCGGCUUCAACCAGUGUUGCUAGUAGUGCUAGUUCUCCCAUCAUGCAUCACCCUGUCCCCCAUCCUACAAUACCUGCUGAGAGUUGGCCAGUGAACUAUGACCACCAAAUGAUGUUGAUGCAUUCGAGUCCAAAUAUGCCUUCUUCGUCUGUAGCGUACAGUACUGUGUAUCCUCCCGCGGAUGAGGCUGCAUAUAAUCUUGCAUAUAACAGUGGAUAUUUUCUUG